AUGGCGUGGCAGUCCUUAAUGGGGGCCAACAGUGUGGCAGUGCUAUUGGAUGGAUGCGUAAAAAAACUUACAGAAUGUAGAGGUCCUUUCGAACACGAGCCGGUGGGCCUCGAGCGGAGAAAGGAGGAGGAGGAGGAGGAGGAGGAGGAGGAGGAGGAGGAGGAGGAGGAGGAGGAGGAGGAGGAGGAGGAGGAGGAGGAGGAGGAGGAGUAG